AUGGCAGAUUGCAUCAUGGAGGGCGACAUCGACAAGAUCGCCAAAGGCUGGUCCAUCGCCAUGCGCUACUCGGAAGAGCGCCUGAAGAGAGUCUACGACCUCGACAGCGAGAAGCUGGACGCUGCCAUCCACGAGGGAAGGCUGGUUCUGGAGACCGUCUGCCUGUUCGUCCACGCCUGUGUGAAGCACGGCCAGUACAAAUUACCUCUGGAGUUCUGGCGGAUACUGCACGCUGAAUACGGCAUCGUCGUGUAUCCUACCGCGUUUACGGAGGAUGUUGAUGUGCAUGGUGUUGGGACCGACUGCACGUUUACGGAUGCUUACUGUGGGCAUAUAAGUAUGUUUAAUUCUGGCUCAUCCAUCGAGCUGAGAGGAUCAUAUGAACCCUCUUUGACGUUGCAGCGGAAGACUGACGAGUUCCCAGCUAUGUUUGGGCGAUGCACUUCUGCACACCCGCCGCCGUGCCCCUUCCAGUACCUGCGCGAGCCACCUCCGGUAUACGAGAAAGUGUGCAGCUGCCAGGUAGACUCGGUAGAGUCAAUAGAGUUGGACGCAUGA